AUUUUGAAAGCGGGAAACCGGAAAUGUUAGUUUUUUUUCUCUCUCAAUGCUGUCAAGAUGGCGAUGCCCAUAAGGAGGACGCUGGUAGCCCUUCACAGAGCAACAUGUAGCAGUUUGAUGAAUGCUGAGGCGUCUCUGGACCUGCGGCAUCCCGUCCCACUUUACCUGCCGGUCCGGACCAAGAAGCGGUACUUCAUCCCUCCAGCGGUGGGGCUGAAGGGGAAGAGGGAGGAGAACACGGAGGCCAAGGCCCGAGCGGCGGGCAUCGUCUUCAGACAGCAGUACUUUGAGAGGCCCAUCAACAUCGCCUGCACUGCGGGAAUCUUCGACCCUUACAUCCCCCCGGAGGGCGACGCUCGUCUCUCCACUCUGUCUAAAGAAGGCCUGAAACAGCGAACGGAGCAGAUACGACAGAGCGCCGGCUCCCAGCUAGCGAUUCGUAAAAUCAAAGAGCACGACUCUCAGUUCACAACGAAGGGGUUUGCAGAGCGAGCUCAAGACAUCUUUAUUGAGGCCCACAGCGCCCUGACACAGUUCAACAAGGAGAAACUUCACUCCUUGGUGACAGAAAGGUGUUAUCCUGAGAUGACGAGGGGGAACCGUUACAAGACGAUCAGAUGGAGGUUCGUAGAGUCCCUGGAGCCGCCCAGAGUGGUCCACGCCCGCUGCCCCGACAUGGUCACCAAGGGCAACCUGUACGGCCAGGUGACGGUCCGCAUGCACUCCAAACAGACGCUGGCCAUCUACGACCGCUUCGGGAGGCUGAUGGCGGGCAGCGAGGAGCAGCCGAAGGACGUCUUAGAGUACCUGGUCAUAGAACGACACCUCGUCAAUCCCUACGGCCUCUGGAGGUUGCACGGAAAAAUAGUGCCCUCCUGGGCUCCAGCCAAAGACCCAGUUAUUAAGACUGUCAUGAUUCCUGGUCCAGAGCUGAAGCCGGGACAGGAGUUUGAGGCCCUCCACUAUGAAGUUCCCAAGCCAGAGGCCGUUCAAUGGAAUAAAUAGGCCACCAGGUGGCGCUGCUCUUUACAUUAACCCACAAUAGGACAUAAUGAGGAGUCAUGGGCCAAAUGCUGUUUAGAUUUUGGCGGUGGCUGGUUAGUUUGUCAACUUUGGCAGGAAACCGGGCUUCCUUUGGAGGCUCUUAUCUGCUUGAAAAAUGCUGUUGGCUGUUGAAAUGGUGGAAGCAGCAGGUGAGUUUUAGGAUGAACAAACUAUUGAGUCCUGCAGCCAAAAAGCUGCUUCUUUCCCUGCAAAAUAAAUCACCACACAACAGUCUGGAAUUAUAAUAAUAAUAACAGCUCCUUUCUCAGAUUUGUUUCACACACUUUCAUUUUGUUUUAAGUCUAACAAGAGGUGUACAUGCAAAAAAUAAAAUGUAGAGGUUUCCAGAAAUUGAAUGGUUUAUUUACUUUGAUGAAUGUACUGCAUGUUGACCUCAGGAAAUACAAAAAUAAAGUGUCCCAUCUUCGUCUCUUCA